AUGCUCUCCCGUCCUCUUUUGCCCCUGGGCCUUUUGUGUCUCCUUGGUCAGUCUUCGGCGUCGCUGCUCACCGAUCACACACUGGUCGCCCAUAAGGCGUACGACUUCAUCGUCGUUGGAGGAGGAACUGCGGGAUCCGUCCUCGCAAACCGCCUGACAGAACACGCCGGGGUGAAAGUUCUCCUUAUCGAGGCGGGCGUCAACAACGCCGCAGGGCCGAACGUCGAUGAGAUCCAGAUCCCGUACUUUGUGUCGCAGAUAGACGCGACCUUCGACUGGAACUACACGACCGUCGCCCAGGGUGCGCUGCAGAACCGCACCAUCCCGUACCCGCGCGGACAUGUUCUCGGCGGAAGCACCUCCACGAAUUUCAUGUUCUACACCCGAGGGUCUUCGGAUGAGUUCAACAAGCUAGCGCGUGUGUCCGGUGACGACGGUUGGUCAUGGAAGCAGAUACUUCCAUAUAUCCUCAAAACUGAAACGUUAACACCACCAGCGGACGGACACAACACGGUGGGACAAGUCGACGCGCGGAUACACGGGAAGUCCGGGCCCGUCCUCACGAGUCUACCGGGGAAUGCGAGUGUUCUCGAUUCGCGAGUUAUCCAGACCACGUCGCAGCUCUCCGAGUUCCCCUUCAAUCUUGACAUGAACUCCGGGAAUCCUCUGGGUGUUGGCUGGUUACAGUCGACGAUCGGACACGGCGUCCGCAGUAGCGCAGCCACGGCCUUCUUAACUGAGGAGACACUCAAACGGUCAAACCUCGACGUACUCAUCGGCACUCGGGUCACGCGGCUCAUCCAGUCCAAAAGCUCCUCAGCAACGCCAACGUUCCUGGGUGUCGAGCUAGCUCAGACUGCGACGGGUCCGCGUGUGCAGCUCACAGCAGCGAAGGAAGUCAUUUUGUCUGCAGGCUCCAUCGGCACCCCGCAAAUUCUCAUGCUCUCAGGGAUCGGUGACAAAGCAGAGCUGUCCGCUCACAAGCUCGCCACCGUCGUAGAGCUCCCUGACGUCGGCAAGAACAUGCAAGACCACCCCUGGGUCCCGCUGCAGUGGCAGGUCAACAGCAACGACACGCUUGACACGAUCAACAGAGACCCUACGCUCAUGAACCAGCUCCUCGCGUUGUACGACUCGAAGAAACAAGGUCCGGUUGCAAACAACCCGGGCGGAAACCAGAUCGGCUGGUUCCGCCUACCCUCAAACUCGUCAGUCCUCAAGCAGUUCGGCGACCCGACAGCGGGCCCGUUGUCGCCGCACUUCGAGCUUACUUUCGGGAACUCUUUCCUGUCGUUCACGCAGCCCGUGCCCGACACAGGAAACUUCAUGAGCAUGUGUGUCGCGCUCGUGUCGCCUACCUCCCGCGGUUCGGUCACACUAGCGUCGGCAUCGGCCUUUGACGCGCCUCUCAUCGACCCGGCGUUCAUGCAGACGGAGUCAGACCUGGCCAUCCUGACGGAGGCAGUGAAGGCCGCGCACCGUUUCGUGGGCGCGCCCGCGUGGAAGGAUUUCAUCAUCGCGCCCUUCGCAGACGCCGCCCAGACGACUACGGACGACGACAUCCGCGCGUACAUCCGGAACAUGAUCGCGACCUUCCGCCACCCCAUGGGGACCGCGACGAUGUCGGCCGAACAUGACGCGGCGGGCGUGGUCAACCCCGACUUGCGCGUCAAGAAGAUCUCCGGGCUCAGAAUUGUGGAUGCCUCCGUAUUCCCACACAUCUUUGGUGCCCAUCUGCAGGCUCCCGUCUACGCCAUCGCGGAGCGUGCGGCGGACUUGAUCAAGCAAGCCCAUGGCAUCCCCCUGUCGCGCUAGUGAUGUAGCCGGACAGAUCAUGUCGUUGACAUGUUACAACUCAGUUGUGCGUAUGCGUACAUGCAAACGAGUCACUUGUAUAUAUUUGUGGAUCACGGUCCUUGUAAUUGAUGGCAUCGUAGCGCAUAUUCAAUAAUAUACCAACUGCACAAACGC